AUGUUUGCCUUGUCCACCAUCCUGGCACUUGCCAGUAUCACUCUAGCAGGACCCGUACAGAAGAUCCUCGCCGACGACGGUGGUCCAUCCCGCCCAAAUGACCCCGACUUCCCUCUUCCCGCACCUCUCCCUUUCAAUACCACACUUCCCGGCGUUGACUACGAACUAAUCGCCAGGCUGAGGACGUCACCCAACUCCGUGACACGCCACGCACUCCUCCCGGAUGACGCCUUCAAGUUUGACUUCAUCAAUCCUCCCAAUGUGCCCUUUGCAAAGCUCGAAGGCCGCGGCGGCACUCUUGUGAACGCAAUCAGCCUGACGAUGCCCGCGCUCAUCGGCAAUGGCGCUGCUGCCGCCAUUGGGUUUACGAAACCCUGCGGCUUCAACACACCCCACACCCACAACCGCGCCACCGAACUCGCCAUCAUUGUCAAGGGCCGUAUGAUAACCGAGUUCGUCACCGAAACCGGUGUGCGCAAGAUCCGCGCCGAGCACAACACCUACAGCAUGGCUGUCUUCCCACAGGGCGCAUUGCACCUAGAGUUCAACCCCGACUGCGACGAGAUGGUGUUCGUUGCUACCUUCAACGACGAGGAUCCGGGGUUGAAUACGCCCGCUGAGUCGCUGUUCUUGCUGGACGAUGACUUUGCGGGGCUGGCGCUGGGCCUGGAAUUCUUGGAGGGCGCUGAUAUUGACAAGUUUAGGCAUUUGGUCCCGGCGACGUUGGCGCAGGGGGUGGAGAGUUGUUUGAGGAGGUGUGGGAUUAAGAAGAACAAGGUGGAGGAAGGGGAGCUUUAA